CCAUAUAAUUUUCAUCUGAAAUACGAUUUUCGUGCAGAAGGAUCAGCAGAUAUAUUGAAAGAACUAAAACAGCCGCAAGAUGAACAUCCGUCGCGCCAACCCAGAGGACAUCCUAAGCAUGCAACACUGCAACCUGUUGUGUUUGGCCGAGAACUACCUUAUGAAGUACUACCUUUGCAUUGCUACCACCUGGCCGCAGCUCUGUUACGUGGCCGAGAACGAAGAGGGCCGUGUUGUUGGUUAUUGCUUGGCCAAAAUAAUGGAACCGGAUCCGAGCGACGGUCGUAAUGGCCGUAUCAUCUCGCUGGCGGUAAAGCGUUCCUACCGCCGCCUCGGUUUGGCCGGAAAACUAAUGGACCAGGUCGCAAUGGCCAUGGUCGAGUGCUUUAACGCACAGUAUGCCUCGCUUCAUGUGCGCAAGAGCAACCGGGCUGCCCUCAACCUUUACACAAACUCGCUGCAAUUUAAGUUCCAGGAGCUAAAGGUCGGGUACUACAGGGAUGGCGAAGAUGCGUAUUACAUGCGGCGCGACCUUAGCGGAUUCACCACCGUGGAUCAGGCUUCGGUUGAGGAGAUGGGUUGCGGAGAUCAGGUCUCGCAGAAAUCCAGCGGACAUGGACACUGCCACAGCCACUACGGACAUGAUGGACAUUGCUGCUGAAUGCCACAGGCUAGCACAGACUAAAAAUCAAUUGAAAAAUAUGAAAUUAAAUACUUAUUGAACUAAAGCUAUUGGAUAUAACAUUUUGUUAAGUCCUAAUA